AUGGCAGCAGCAUGUACUAGCAGUGGUGUCGCACUACUUCGAAUUUCAUCACCAACUUAUUCGAUUGUUCGUAAUUUGUUACGACCAAGACGAAAUAUACCAUUCCGAGGGAUUUACAAGACUGAGGGCGAUCUAGUACGGAAAAAUGAUCUUCUAGUAUGCCAGCAUAAGAUGAAUUUUCAUCCUGGCUUAAAUGUCUAUCUAAAAAGAGAUCGAGGUGGACAACUGCUGCUCAAAGCGAUGAUAGAUGGUCACGUGAUGAUUACUCAAGAAAAAAUAAAUCCAGAUUUUUCUAUACCUGAAAUGCUGGUCUACGAGGGUAUGGAGGAAGUUUAUAAAUUAACAUUUAAUGUAUUGCCACUGGAUAUGUCACAAUCGUUUAGGUUGAUAAAUGAAAUUUGA